UCAGUUUUUGAGGCGUUUCCUUGGAAUGGCAAUCUUAAAAAUUUCUGAACUUCGUCGAAUAAUAGCUAGACAACCACUUAGUUCUCCAGUACAUUUACCUUUACAGGGAAAGGGAUCUGAACAAAAAGAAGGAAAAAAUAUUAAAAGUGUUGAUCAAAAACGUGGACUUCUUUUAUUUCAGGUAAUUUUUAAAUUAAUUUAA